GCUCAACAAACGCCUACACUUAGUCAAUUUCAAGAACUAAAUAACAUAGCUUUGCCUUGUACCGACCUUGAUUUUGAUAAACUUAAACAAGAAAUUAAAAGACUUAAAUUAAAAGAUUUUGAUCCCCAUUUUCAAAAGCAAAAAAAUACCUUUGGACAAUUAACAUCUAGCGCUAUAAACAAAGCAGGUGACGGUUUAAGUGCCAUUUUAGAUCUCUUCGUGCAGGCCAAUAAACAAAUUAUUGAAUCUAAUAAUGGGAACAAUAAUUCUUUUGCUCAAGGGCAGCUACAGGGACAACUGACUACUUGCAAAACUCUCUUGCAAACUAAAUUUACCUCAGAAGAACUACAAAGUCUGCAAGAUAAACAAAAAGAGCUUAUGGAAUUAGAGAAACAAUCUGCUGUUUUACGCUAA